AUGGCUACGGCAACUGUGCUCAAGCAGGAGUUCCUGGGUUCGGUUACGCUCGUGUCAUUCUCAUCAACCGGAUCGCUACUUUACGUAGGCGUAGGCCCAGUGAUUUUCCUGUACUCCACGACUGACUGCGAUUUUUUGGGUGAUCACAAUGUCUUGAUGCGAGGCAUUUUGCACGGUUGCGAUAUUACAGACAUUCCAGUCUCAUCCACCACAUCCAAAUCGUUUGUUGGUGCUUUUUACGGUCAAAAACGUGUUGCUUGUUUCCAAAACUUGCCGCAAACUCCCGAUGCUGCUCGUGGCCUUGAACACUUUCAGGUGUUGGGCAAGCCCAAAGUCUUUUGCGAUUGGGUCUUCGAUGUGGUAUUGUUGACAGACGACAUUUCGACAAUUAACGACGGAAAUGUCCUGGCAGCUGUAGGUUUGGCACAUAAUCUUGUGCAAAUAUGGAAUCCAAUUUCCAACACCAUUCUUCACAGUUUGCAAUGUGCUGAGCGUUGCAUCCUGUAUGCGUUAGCGUUCCAUGGACGCUCGCUGGAUGACCUUGUCGUUGCUUCCGGAACUGUAUUCCAACAAAUAUUGUUGUGGAAUCCAAUGGAGCAUGCAGACGAGGUUUCUGACAAGCCUAUUGAACCAGCUCAACGGCUUCAUGCUCACGACGGUGUACUCUUAAAAUUAGUAUGGUCUUUGGAUGCACGCUUUUUGGCAUCCGUCUCGGACGAUCGUACUGUGCAAUUGUGGUCACACGAUCGGGAAUUAACUAAUGAGCGCCUGCACAAGCCGAGUUUAAUAAAUCGUGCAGAACUGCUUGCGAAUGGAUACACUACAUUGUUUAGAGCUUGGGGUCAUUCGGCGCGUAUAUGGGACGUAGCCUUUUGGGAACGUGGUUUGGCUACAGCAAGCGAAGAUGGCCUUUGCAAACUUUGGAAUCGGAAUGGUCAUUGUGUCGCAACGCUUCAAGGUCACAUGGGUAGGAAUGUAUGGCGCAUUGCCGUCCACCCUUCGCUCAACUUAGUUGCUACGGGAGGUGGCGAUGGUGCUGCGAAACUUUGGGAUAUCACUCACCAGCUCAUGUCCUCAUCCAGUGUAUCUGAAGCUAGCGAAUUUUUUGACACUAUUUGUAUUCCGAUUUCGAAACCUUCCACUGGAAUGAAAAAUAAAGCUUUGCCAUCCGACAGUGUGCGUAACAUAUUACUUAGCGACCUUGACAAUGGCAAGACAGCAUUCGUAGCCUCCGAAAACGGCGAUAUUUUUCAUCUUGAUCUGUCGUCACUCGUGGCUAAACUCAUUUAUAGUAUGGCUCCUGCUCGUAGUGUUAAUGUUCGAGCUAAAACAAAUGCAUUGUCAACUUGUGCAUUGGAUUAUUCUGAACGCUUCUUGCUUCUUGGUGAGACAUCAGGACUCGUGCAUAUUGUUGAGGCCUCUACAAGCACGCUUCUUUACUCAUGGACCACUCAGAAAAAUGUUCGUGUUAUGAAGAUGUGGUGGGACCAAGAGGAUGCUGUGUUUAUCAGCAGUGCUGACGGCGCUCUCGGUGAGUGGAAGCCACUUAUAGCAGAAGCCAGUGAAAAUUUGCCGUCUUUCGCGAUCACAAUGAAGCAUGUAAAGACAUUCCAGAUUCCGGCUAAAAGUUCAACGUCGUCCCUUAUUGUUAUAGACCGCCAAAAUACCAGGAAUGUAUUCGCAGGCGACGGCCACGGUAACAUUUACGCAUUCCAUCGCUCGUUCAGUGCGACAGAAUGCGACAACUCGUCCAAGGAAGUCCAAAUACCAGUUCUUGUACUGAAAGGUGUUCACAGGCGUCAACUUGUGGCUUCAAUUUUGCUUUCUGAAGAGCAUACUGAUGCUAAAAAGAGUCACCACACCAUUUUGUUAUCCGGAGGACACGACGGAUACAUUUGUUCGUACGUGCUCACCGUAAAAGCUUCUGGAGCGAUGACAGCCAAAUUCAAGGGCCGUGAGUCUAUUCGAGGAAUUUCUACCGUCAAGCAGCUGUUGUGGAGCAAAGGCUCAUCUGCCCACAGUACCACACCUCAUGAUCUUUUAGUGUUUGGCUUCCAUGCGACACAAGCUGUUUUAUACAACUAUUCCGCGCAAUAUCGUAUCUUCAACGUAGAAUGCGGCGGGUGGCGUCGACCGCAUGCAAUUUUCACUGGUGCAAGAGCGGAUAAGUCUGCUUUACCUUCUCAUACGUUUGUCUUUACGCCUUCAUCAUCGCGAAAGCAUGAAGUUGAUGUCAAGGUGCAUUCGACCAAAUUGACUAGCAUCGAUCCUGGUGAGCACAAUCCGCGAUUCUCCAAAUGUUCAUUACAUGAUCAGCAUCAUGGGCGCAUGACAACUUGUGUGGCUUUCAUCGGGCAUGAUCGCUUAAUCACAGCUGCAGAUGAUAAUAGGCUCAUGCUGCAUCGUCGUCGCUCUUGCGGUCGCCAGGAGAAGGGUAGGCGUUGGACCAGCGUAGCUACAGGAACUGCCCAUACAACCACGAUUCGGGCACUCACAACGUUCCAGCGCAGAGGUUGUGAUGGUAUUCUAGAGCAUAUCGUUUUGUCUGGUGGUGGCAAGCAGCGAUUAAAUGUAUGGCUUAUUUGCGGGGAUAGCGACCUGCUCCGCCUGAUUUGCGGUCAAGAACGUGCUGAAGCAGCUCAGGAUCACCGCAUUCUCGGGCUUGCUACAUUUGCGAUACCUUCGGCCUCAGACGCGUACCGACUUGUAGCGGCUUGCAAUUCCGAAGGCUCUACUCAGCUAUUGCUGUUAGACAUAGAUCAUGAAAAAUUGAUCGAGAUCGGUGACUGCCAGUUAGCUUCCAGAAAACCGAUCUUGUCAUGCGUUGGCUUUCAAAAUUGUGAUGACGAUGCGGUGGUUGCUGGUUUGGCAGUUGGCUCUACUGAUGGCUUCGUGAUGCUGUGGGAUCUGAGCGCGGUUUUGAAAGAGAUUGCAAUACUUGUUCGAUCCAAUGAAGGUAUAGCGCACUACAAGCAGAAGCUUGAAAAUACUAUCACAAAGCUUCAACUUAGUGGCAAUUAUAUAGCUCACGACAUGGGUGUGAACUGCUUUGAUCUAGUCUCCUGCAACAAAAGCUCGGAUGGAGAAAAUCUUGACGUAACUCUUAUCAGUGGUGGAGAUGACCAAAGUUUGUACUUAAGCAAGUUCCGUUUUCCGUCAUGCCAAAUUCUUUUCGGAGCCAAGACAGUAAAUGCUAGCGGUGCGGCUGUCAAAAGUGUCGGUUGCGUUGACGCCAAGGUCAUUUUUGCCGCUGGAUAUGAUCAGCGAGUGAGCAAAUGGAACAUUUGUGUCAACGAAGACAGUGUUGAGCUUGAAUGGCAAGGAGUGGCCUUCUCUGAGUGCGCAGAUAUUGCUGAUCUCGCGACUCGGCUUGCUCCGACUGGAAUGGCUUACGACGUUGUCAUCGUCGGCCAAGGGCUGCAGAUGUUGCAGUACCAGCGCUAG